AUUACAGCAUUUCCUAUUUCUAAAAUAAACUAGUACAAAGACUGUAAGAAACAUUCUUUCACUGGUCCUCCUUAUUUGCCGCAUUAGAUUUUCAGUUGCUUCUUAGCUAUCAAAAUUCCUAGACACAGUAACUGACAAGAAUUCAGCUGACAGGUAGUUUGACCAGACCUGGAAGGAAGGAUUCCUUCAAGGUUAACCACCCUCAAAGGUAGCUGAAGGCAAACAGCGGCAUUAAACAUACUAAGAAGAAAGAUUCACACUACGCCAGGAAUCACAGAAAAAGAUGAAAACUUUGCCGCUGCUUGUGUGCAUCUGUGCACUGAGUGCCUGCUUCUCACUCAGCGAAGGUCGAAAGAAGCAUCGUGAACUAUUUCACAGAAGGCAUCAUCACAAUCGAUCAAGACCUGCCUCCAAAUUACCACAACCUUCUAGACCACUAUAUCACCAGAAUCCAUUCAUUAAAAAGCCUGUCCAUGUUGGUCUAUACAAAUCUCAUAAGAAGAGGCCCCCACAUUCAGCUAAUAAGUCCUCCAAAUUCCCAAAUAACCAACAGCCACCCAAGGGUCCUAUUAAAAAUAACGCCGUGGUCAACAAAAAUAUCUCAGAGGCUACCACCCAAAUCCCACCUCUGAAUUCCCCAUCCGCUUCUACCAAAAUUGCUACCUCUCCAGGCCUGACUGCUCUUGUUCAGAAUGGUACUGCCAUACCUUCAGGAGAAAAUAAUGUCAACAUGGGCUCUUCUGUAGCUGGAUCAACAUCAGGGUAUUCCCCGGAGCCACCAGUGACCACAGCUGCACUGCCAGAGACCACAGCUGCACCACUGGAUACCACAGCUGCACCACUGGAUACCACAGCUGCACCACCGGAUACCACAGCUGCACCACCAGUGACCACAGCUGCACCACCAGUGACCACAGCUGCACCACUGGAGACCACAGCUGCACCACCAGUGACCACAGCCGCACCACUGGAAACCACAGCUGCACCACCAGAGACCACAGCUGCACCACAGACCACAGCUGUCCUAGUUACCUCUCCUAAUUCUUCCCCAAGCACUGCUGCACCUGAAACUUCCAAAACGACAGCUGCACCCACAAGCCAAACUACAACUGUUCAACAACCAACUUCUUCUCCCAGCCAAAAUAGAAUUUCUCAGUAUCUUUUAGGUUUUCAGGAUAUAAUAAAUCAAAUUUUUGAUUAUUUGGUUACAGGGUAA